AUGGUGGGCGUCGAGCUCGAUGGCGCCGGGCUGGGCAAGAACAACGGAUCGGUCGACGGCAUCGCCUACUUUACCACAACUCCAGGGCGGGGCUCCUUCUUUACUGCGCGUUCUCUCGAGUACGAUGACUCUAAGCGCCGAAACGAGGCCAUGAAGGCCCGCGCCCGCGCCGCCGCUGUCAAGCGUCUUGAGCACCGCUUUGCUCCUCCCACCUCCACCAACAUCAGUGGAGGCUCUCGUCGCCGGCCUCAGCCUUCGCCGAGCUCAGGGCAGAGUGCGCGAGCUCGGGCGGUUGCUGCCGCCGAGGAUCGGGUCCGUCGCGUGGCCGAGAAGCACGCCCGCGCCGAGGCUGCCGCCGCUGAUGCCCUGGUCUUGUCCGGCGUGUCCGAGGACGUCGCCCUCGAGAUGGCGCUAGCAGAGUCGUUGGCAAAGGUUUCGCCUCCAUCGUCGUCAGUCCAACGUCGAGGCGUCAGCCCGCUGGUCACCGUACCAGCGCCAGAUACGCUCGACGAGGAAGAGCAGCUGCGGCUGGCCUUGCACGCCUCCGCCGCCGAGGCCGAGGCACUGGUCGCUUCGGGUACUACCAUCGGCAUCCCGGGACUCUCUGAAGACGAGCAGCUGCAGCUUGCCAUGGCCACCUCGCUCUCAAUGGCUGACACUCCCUCCGAGCCUACCGCUCUGUCGCACUCGCCGCCGCCGCCGGCCGCAGUCUCCGAUCCUGAGGUUGACCGAGACUUGGCUCAAGCGUUGGCCAUGUCGAUGAUGGACGACGAUGAGCCCAGACCACCGCCGCCGUCGUCGCUGCUGACUCCUGCAGGUCUGCCGCGACUCGCCGAUCCGUUUCCCGACUUUCACCCAACGAUGCCGGCGCGGUACAUUCCGCCUCCGGCAGCGCCGUACGACGACACGCCGCUCAACCGCGAUGCGGUGGAGGCGUCAAUGGCGCAGGCGCUGGCAGAUGCUAUGGCGCGGCACCGCGCUGCGCGCAAGUACGAAAGCACGCUCCGCAUUCGGUCAGUAGCCCUACGGGCGCGUCCGGAGCUCGAGUCCGGUGGCAAGGUCUUGCUUCCAGAAGAUGUACUGCACGUGCUGGAGGGCGAGAACGAGCCCGACCACAUGCCGUGGAUCUUCCGGCUCACCAACGACUCCGACGGGCGCUACACACACUGCUCAGUCCUCGAGUUUACCGAAGAGCCCGACAUCAUGUACGCGCCGCGGUGGCGGAUGGACCAGCUGGGGCUGGACGAGGAUGACAUAGUCAGCAUCCGUCGCGUCGCUCUGCCGCGGGCUGAGUACGUCAAGAUCAAGGUUGACAAUCCGCUCUUUCUCAAACUCUACGACCAAAAGACCAAGCUGGAGACGCUCUUCCGCGGCUUUGCCACUCUCACCGUCGGCGACUCGAUCCGCCUCGAGCUCGGAGGUCUCGAGUUCCAUCUCUUGGUUGUUGCCGUCUUGCCCAACGACAAGACCCACUACGAGGGUGUGUGCAUCAUCGACACCGACGUCGAAGUCGACCUCGUCGCCGACUCGGGCUUUGACGUCGACCUCGGUGCCGCUGCGCUCCAAGCGCCCGACCCAGCCCCGCUCCCACCCGCCUCGCACGAGCCUGUCCGUGUUAUUGGCGCCACAGCUCACGUCGACAACGAUAGCGGCAACGACAGUAGCAGCAGCAGCGGUAGCGGCAGCAGCAGUGUCAGCGAUGACGCCUUUGCCGGCCACGGCUACCGGCUCGGCGAGACGGGCGCCGGAUCAAGCGGUGCAGCUCCCGCUCAGGCCAGCGACGCAGGCGCGGUACCCGCCGCGGCGCCGGCUCCAGCAGCGCGCUGGAGCAGCGGCUAG